AUGAAAAUACCUGAAAAUCCGUACUACGGGAACAAUGAGAACACUCAGUGGCAGCCAAACGGAGUUAUCAUAGACAGCGGGGUCGGCGGUGGCGUGGUGGGCAGCGGAGACGCGGGCGCCCGGCCCGUGUACCCUGUACAUAUACCGAGGCAUAUUCCUGGUGGGUAUGUAAUGACUAAUGCCUACUACCCGCCAUAUGUCGCGCCCCCCCCAGUGCCUGAUGAUUUCGAAGAUUAUAUGUGGAUGGAAAAUGAAGAGGAAUUUGAUAAACAGGUCAUGCAGCAGUUAGAAGAGGAAGCAUUAAUGGAGCAAUGUAUAGAAGCUAUGUUAGAAGAUGAACAGAGGGAAAGACAUAGAACUGUUUCCAACGGACAUUGUGCAACAACAAGUAGUGGGUCCUGUAACUUGUCAUUGGAGGAGACUGUGUCCAGAUCCACAUUGAACCCGCUGGCCGCUGAGUUUGUACCCAGUGGGAUUGCACAGACCAACACACAUACAGAAGAAAAACAAGAAAAUCCAGAAGUAAGACAAGAUGUUAAAACAGAUGAAGAAAAUGUUAAACAAGUUGAGGCUGUAGUGGAUAAUGUAAUAGAAAAUAAAGAAGAAGCGAACCAAAAGCAACCAACUGACAUACCAGAUAACCCACCGGAAGUGUCGGAAGAGAAGAAAACAAAACCGGAAGUCAAAUCAAAAACGAAAAAUAUAUCAAAAUCUGACACAAAGGUUGCUGUAAAGAGAUCGACUAAGAAUGAACGGACAGAUGAGAACUUAGCUGAUGUAAAGCCACCAACAGAAGAAUCCGGUUUCAAACCAAUAAACUACGCGGCGGCAGCGAAAGCCAACAAACCCAAGAAACCAGAGCAGGACAAACCUAAAUCCGACAAACCGGCAGAGAAACCAAAAUCUGAUAAACCAGCAGAGAAACCGAAAUCCGAAAAACCAGUCAAACCAGCGGAUAAGGAAAAGAAACCGCUGAAAGAUAAACCAAAAGUCAAAACAGAUAAACCCGUUCAAAGGAAGAACUCUGCUAAAUAA